CCUCCUCCUCCUCCUCCCUAGGCUCCUCCCCUGCUUCUUCUCCUUAAUUAACUAAUUAAUUAAUUACCUAAUUUGGUUCCUAUCCAUAUUCUCCUCUUUGAGUAAAUCGAGGUGAGUUGUGGGUAUAAAUAUAUACAUAUAUAUAUACAAAUAUAUGUGUGUGCACAUCCCCCUCCCUCUCCAAGGGUCUUCUUCUCCUUCCUCUUCCUCCUCUCUUCCCCUUUUAUUUGCUUUAAUUUGGUUGGUUUUUCGCUUUUUUGGGGACGCAGACGAGGAGGAGGAGGAGGAGAGGAGGGGAUUUUUUUUUUUUUUAAAGGCAUCUUUUUUCUUAUUUUUGAAGUGUUUUUUGCGGGGUUUUGGUGGAGAGGAGCUCUUUUUUGAGGGAAAGGUGUCAUCUUUUUACACUUUUUGAGCUCGUUUGGAGAGGUGCCUUAGUUGGAAAAGAGGAGCUCCUUUUGGAUUGGGUGAGAUCGUUUUUUAUCUUUAUUUCUUGGGUUUUGAGCUAUUUUUGGACCCCAAUUGAGGUAGAAAUUUGAACAAAAGAAAGGGUCUGUUUUUGGAAUUUCAAAGUGUUUGUUUUCUGGGGAUUAUCCUAUUUGGAUUUGGGGUUCUGUGAAUUUAGGAUCAUUCUAGGUGAGAAAGAAAGAAAGGAGGAAUAUUGGAUUAAUUUGGAUGGUUUUGGAGCAUCAGAAGGAUCUAGGGGACAAAAAGAACUUCUUGCUGGAGUUGUCCUGGUUCUUGUAAUUUGAGCUGCUGCUUUGAAGAGAAGAGAAGAGAAGAGAAGAGAAGUGAGCCCACUCCAAGAGAGAGAGAGAACAACAGGAAAAAGAGCCAAUUUAAGCUACGAUGCACUGUUUAUAUAACACAUCAAUCAUCUCUCUUCAACUAGAAUUACUGGGCCCGGUCAGCUUUUCCCUUCGAGACAUGGGGAGGCGGCAGUUGUGACAAUGAUGGAUCCCCAAUCAUUCGUCAAGUUAUCAGUCGGAUCGCUGGGGCUAAGAAUUCCACAUCAAGCUCCAAAGGCUUCCCACGGUACAAACGUAUCGAAUUCCUCAUGCUUGUGCGAGAUCCGCCUUCGAGGCUUUCCGGUUCAGACUGCAUCAGUCCCCUUAAUAUCCGCGCCGGAGUCCAAUCUCGAGUCUCAAAGCAAUUAUGCUGCGGUUUUCUAUCUCGAAGACUCCGACUUGAAGGCGUUGAGGGCCCCACGGUGCUUCCAAACCUCCCAAUUUAAUCUCGAGAUUUCGGUGUAUAUGGGAAAGCCGGGUCUGCACUGCGGCGUCGGCGGGGGGAAGCAGCUGAUCGGGACAUUCAGGGUGGAGGUGGGUCCUGGGUUGUUGGAAGGGAAACCCACUUUGCUUCAUAAUGGUUGGAUUAGCAUUGGCAAGAACAAGAAAAAAGAAGAGCGGAGAGGUGGGCCGGAGCUGCACCUGACGGUGAGGCUAGACCCGGACCCUCGUUAUGUUUUCCAGUUUGAGGACGAGACGAUGUUGAGUCCGCAGAUAGUUCAGCUACGCGGGAGCAGCAAGCAGCCCAUAUUCAGCUGCAAGUUCAGCCAAGGCCGGCGGGCGUCUCAAGUAGAUCCGAUGAGCAACUACUGGUCGAGCUACAACAAUGACGACAAAGAUGCAGAAAGGAGGGAGAGGAAAGGCUGGAAGGUGAUGAUUCACGACCUCUCAGGCUCCGCUGUCGCCGCAGCGUUCAUGGCAACACCGUUCGUCCCCUCAAUGGGCUGCGACCGAGUUGUGCGGUCCAACCCGGGUGCCUGGCUUAUCGUCCGCCCCGAUCCUAUGGGCUCGUCCGACAGCUGGCACCCCUGGGGCCGGCUAGAGGCCUGGCGAGAAUCUGGGCCGCGGGACUCCGUCUGCCUCCGCUUCAGCCUUCUCCCUGAGAGCCAAGAUGCCGGUGUUCUUGUUUCAGAGGUUUUGAUAAGUAGCGACAAGGGCGGAGAGUUCUAUAUCGAUAUGGACCGACAGACGCCGGUGGGAGCGCCCGUCUCAGCCCCGCAGGGCGGUUCAGGGGAUCACGCCCUCGCGGCCUUGGGAGGAUGCGCGGUCGGCGGGUUUGUUAUGAAUUGUAAGGUUCAAGGGGAAGGGAAGUGCAGUAAACCGCUUGUGCAGCUGGCCAUGCGCCACAUAACUUGUGUGGAGGAUGCUGCGAUAUUCAUGGCCCUCGCGGCUGCCGUGGACCUCAGCAUAAAGGCUUGCAGGCCGUUUAGGAGAAAGCCCAAGAAGGGAUAUACUCACGCGCUUCUAACAUGACAAGGUUAUGCAUUUUCAGAAAGCAUCAGUUGGUUGUUGAAUGAGAUUAAAACCUAGCCAUGGAGACGGCUUCAAUUCUAAUCGACCGAAAAAUGCUCUUUUUAUCAGGUAUGAGCAACUGCUGCAACAUAUCGCAGUAUGGCGUUCCGAGGACUCUCCAGAAAAUUUCUUGUACCAAUGAUGCUGUGUUUUCUCUCUCAAUUGAAAAAUCGAAACUGCCAUUGACAAUGUAUAAUCUUUCUUGGACUAUGAUCUUAUUCAAGUUUCAGUCAGGCUUCUGUUCU